CUUGUGUGCUCUACUUCGUCGGCUGGGAGCUUGUGCUACUUUUUCACCGCCUUCGCCUCUUUUUCGCCGCCACGUCCUCUCUCUGUUGGUGUUUCUUCUCCGUCUCCUCCUACUCCUCUGUGAAGCUUUGCUCCACCGCCUCCUCCUCUCAGCCCGUCUGCUCUACCUCUCUACCUCUGCCAUUUUUUCUUGGUUUCACACUCGCGCCCUUGCUAUACUGUGAGUAUUAAGCCAAUGGAUGCACUGAAGGCUUGUUAUGGGGAUGGAUCUUCUGAUUCGGAUUCUGAAGCUGCCCCUUCAUGUACAACUAAAGCUCGCUCUGAAGAAUUCACACUGUUGCCACCACCUCCUAUCUCACUCCUUGACCCUCUAAGUUUGCUUGGUUCUCAAGAUCUGGAAAUAGGACAGACAACUAGAGUUAGGAGUUUCCCUCAUGUUGAUGGUAACUAUGUCCUACAUGUAUACAUACCAAUUCAUAUUUCAUCUUCAUCAAAAAAAGAAAUAGCCACUUUCUUGAAGAAAGUCACCUCUCAGGAACCUAAUCUUCAUGUUGUUGACAUUGAUCUCCCACUUAAAGUCCUCUGCAAAAGUGAUGAGAAGCUUGAACAGGUUGCCUUGGGAAGGGAGUUUCACAUAAGUUUGGGACGAACUGUUCCAAUAGGGGUUCAUCAAAUUGACUCAGUGGUCUCAAUGCUUCGACAGAAACUUCAAACACGACACCAUAGUUAUUGGAUUGACUUCAACCAGUGGGAGGUAUUCGUAAAUGAUGAUCAUACACGCACCUUUCUCUCCUUAGAAGUUGUUCAAGGAGGUUUAGUAGAGAUAACAAAGCAAAUUGAAUUGAUCAAUGCAAUUUAUAAGCUUCAUAGCCUUCCUGAAUUUUACAAGGAUCCACGGCCUCACAUAUCAUUAGCAUGGGCAUUGGGUGACAUAAGCCAUUCCCUAAAGAAUACUGUAAACGAGGUAUCAAAGAACUGCGUUGCGAAAUCUCCAAACAAAUCUAUUUUUAGCUGUAAAUUCAAAGGAAUUGAGUGUAAGAUUGGCAAGAAAAUAUAUACAGUUUGUAAAAUCUCAGAUUGAAAAACAAUGUUAAGUAUGAAGAGCAUAGUCUUUUUUGAAAUAUUCUUGGCUGCAUAGAUUUCCUUUGUAAAAAAGGAAGUCAUACUAAGCUUAAACACACUGAUGAUGAGCUUUUUACAAGUGAAAUGUGAACAAUAGGUUGCUUCUUUAUAUAAUUUCUGAAAUAUAGGCCCAUGUAUCAAUUUGGAUACACUUAUCAUGCUUCACACAAUGUAGAAUGAGUUGAUUAAACAACUGUUAGAAUCCAGAAAAAUACCACUACUUUGUUCAGUUGUUUUACUAAAUAACGAGCGCCCAAAGUUUUUUCUUUUUGUUUUCUCCAAGUUAUCAUGAAGUCUCCACCCAUUAUCUGCCACAUGAAGGGUGGUUUCAGCCACAGCGGCCACUCAAGACAACAUGAACCACAUCAAACUUCUAGGCAGGAGCAAGAUCAACUCCAAAGAACUUCCCAUGCCCUCCUUUCCUAUUAUUCCUAGAGAAGAGGAUUGGUUGAUAUGACAGUUGGACGAACUCAAGCAGAUGGAGUCCCCUAAGAAGUCUUUCAGUGAAGCUGUGAGGAAGAAGAAACCCGAUGGAGGUGGAAGAGAGAACGGCUUCUCAUUGUCAAGUGAUGAAUUGGAAGAGGAGGGGAAAGAAGAUAUGGACAAUAAGGAAUAUGGGAGAAGCAGAUAUAGGUGAAAGCAUUGUUAUUAAACUCGGACUGGACUGGCUGGUUUGGUCAAAAAAUUGGUGUAUUGGAUCUCUUACCGGUCUGAUUAAAAUUA